CCCUUCAUCUCCCCAAUUCGGAAUUACAUCUCGCUCGUACUGUGUGUUCUCAAUCGUCGGGUGAUUCGAUCGUUCGUUUGAUUUGUGGAGAAGGAGGUAAUCGGAAUCAAUGGCGGAGGAGACGGAGACGUUUGCCUUCCAGGCGGAGAUUAACCAGCUUCUCAGCUUGAUCAUCAACACUUUCUACAGCAACAAAGAGAUUUUUCUUCGUGAACUCAUCAGCAAUGCCUCUGAUGCUCUGGACAAAAUCCGAUUUGAGAGUUUAACCGAUAAGAGCAAGCUUGAGGCUCAGCCGGAGCUUUUCAUCAGGAUUGUCCCUGACAAAGCUAGCAAAACCCUUUCAAUUAUUGAUAGUGGCAUCGGCAUGACUAAAGCAGAUCUGGUGAAUAAUUUGGGGACAAUUGCAAGAUCGGGAACAAAGGAAUUCAUGGAAGCAUUGCAGGCGGGUGCCGAUGUGAGCAUGAUUGGUCAAUUUGGAGUUGGUUUUUACUCAGCUUACCUCGUGGCAGAGAAAGUGAUUGUGACAACAAAACACAACGAUGAUGAGCAGUAUGUAUGGGAGUCCCAGGCUGGUGGGUCUUUCACAGUCACCAGGGAUGUGACUGGUGAGCCUCUGGGUAGAGGAACCAAGAUCACCCUCUUCCUUAAGGAAGACCAGUUGGAGUACUUGGAGGAGAGGAGAUUGAAGGACCUUGUGAAGAAGCACUCUGAGUUCAUCAGCUAUCCUAUCUACCUAUGGAUUGAGAAGACUACCGAGAAGGAGAUCAGUGAUGAUGAAGAUGAGGACACCAAGAAGGAAAAGGAAGGAGAUGUGGAGGACGUGGAUGAAGACAAAGAGAAGUCCAAGAAGAAGAAGGUUAAGGAGGUGACCCAGGAGUGGCAACAAAUCAACAAACAAAAACCUAUUUGGUUGAGAAAGCCUGAGGAGAUCACUAAGGAGGAAUAUGCCUCUUUCUAUAAGAGUCUUUCAAAUGACUGGGAGGACCACCUUGCUGUGAAGCACUUUUCUGUAGAGGGGCAGCUUGAGUUUAAGGCCAUCCUCUUUGUACCUAAGAGAGCUCCUUUUGACCUCUUUGACACUAGGAAGAAGAUGAACAACAUUAAGCUCUAUGUGAGGAGGGUUUUUAUCAUGGACAACUGUGAAGAACUGAUUCCAGAGUAUUUGGGAUAUGUGAAGGGUGUUGUGGACUCAGAUGAUUUGCCACUAAACAUUUCACGAGAGACGCUGCAACAGAAUAAGAUUCUGAAGGUGAUCAGGAAGAACCUGGUGAAGAAAUGCAUCGAGAUGUUCUUUGAGAUUGCUGAAAAUAAAGAAGACUAUGCCAAGUUCUAUGAAGCCUUCUCUAAGAACAUCAAGUUGGGCAUUCAUGAGGAUAGUCAGAACAGGGCUAAGCUUGCUGACUUGCUUAGGUACUACUCUACCAAGAGUGGGGAUGAGAUGACCAGCUUGAAGGACUAUGUCACCAGGAUGAAGGAAGGCCAGAAAGAUAUUUACUACAUCACUGGUGAAAGCAAGAAAGCUGUUGAGAACUCACCAUUCCUUGAGAGGCUAAAAAGAAAGGGUUAUGAGGUGCUUUUCAUGACUGAUGCCAUUGAUGAGUAUGCUGUUGGGCAAUUGAAGGAGUACGAUGGCAAGAAGCUGGUCUCUGCAACUAAAGAAGGGCUUAAACUUGAAGAAGAUUCAGAGGAAGAGAAGAAGAGAAAGGAAGAGAAGAAGAAGUCAUUUGAGAAUCUGUGCAAGACAAUGAAGGAGAUUCUUGGUGACAAGGUUGAGAAGGUGGUUGUGUCUGACAGAAUUGUGGACUCUCCUUGCUGCUUGGUCACUGGAGAGUAUGGAUGGACAGCUAACAUGGAGAGAAUCAUGAAAGCCCAGGCCCUUAGAGACAAUAGCAUGAGCGCAUACAUGUCAAGCAAGAAGACUAUGGAAAUUAACCCUGACAAUGGCAUAAUGGAGGAACUCAGGAAGAGGGCUGAAGCAGACAAGAAUGACAAGUCAGUGAAGGACCUGGUGCUGCUGCUCUAUGAGACUGCUCUCUUGACUUCUGGGUUCAGCCUGGAUGAUCCCAACACCUUUGCAGCAAGGAUCCAUAGGAUGCUAAAACUGGGUUUGAGCAUUGAGGAAGAUGAGACUGUGGGUGAGGAUGUUGAUAUGCCUGCUUUAGAGGAAGAAGGUAAUGAGGAAAGCAAAAUGGAAGAGGUGGACUGAAGGGAGAAAGAUGACAUCCAGAUGAUCAAGAAAGGGGAAUAAACAUUAUGUUUUUGUUUAUGGAAUGUGAAGUGUUUUUUGGGUUUUGGUUGUGUGAAUUUAGUUUAGGUUUAAGGUUUCUUGUUAAUUUCAUGAAGAUUAUGUAAAUUCAGCUACAACUUUUUGGGCUUUCUGACAUAGGGUAAAUUUUUGUUAAUUGUUGUUGUGUGAAUAUGUACACAUAUUUCCUCUUAAUAUUUCUGGGUUUUGAGUUUGUCUAACUUUUAUUUGAUUCAUGAGUGUAUUAGGUAAGCCUUUGUUUGGAGGGAAAUGUAAAUGCAAAAACUAUAACCUUGUUGUAUUUGAAGGA